AUGUAUCGAAACAAUAGUUUCCACAACUUUGAGCACGCAUCCCACGUCUUGAUGUCGGUCGCGAAGCUUCUAUCCCGUAUAGUGGCACCUACCCAAAACCCGGCGCGUCUCGACGAAACCGAGUCUGCCAUUGCUUCGAGGCUGCAACAUGACCACACCUUUGGGAUCACUUCGGAUCCAUUGACACAAUUCGCCUGCGUUUUCUCGGCGCUCAUUCACGAUGUGGACCAUCCGGGGAUUCCCAAUACAGAACUUGUGACGGAGAACACGAAACUGGCUGCUCUGUACGGAGGAAAGAGCGUCGCCGAGCAAAAUUCGGUGGAUCUCGCCUGGGGCUUGCUCUCCGACGACGCCUUUACGGGUCUCCGCCAGACAAUAUGCCCUACCAACAACGAACGCGACAGAUUUCGGCAAUUGGUGGUAAAUGCGGUCAUGGCCACGGACGUUAUGGAUCCGGACUUGCGUUCGCUCCGGAAUGCUCGAUGGGAGCGUGCGUUUACGCAUUCCAUACGCGAAGGCGACGGUGUCAAUCGGAAAGCUACGAUUGUAAUUGAGCAUUUGCUACAGGCUUCCGACGUUGCUCACACCAUGCAGCACUGGCAUGUCUACCGCAAGUGGAACGAGAGGCUGUUUACGGAGAUGUACCGAGCCUACGAGGCUGGUCGUUCCGGAAGCAACCCGGUCACGUUCUGGUACACGGGGGAGCUGGCCUUUUUGGACCAAUACGUCCUACCGCUGGCGCGCAAAUUGAAAGAAUGCGGUGUUUUUGGUGUAUCCAGUGAUGAAUGUCUCAACUAUGCCGUGCGAAAUAGAGCAGAGUGGGAACGACGUGGAGCGGAGAUCGUUUCGGGGAUCCAAAAAAAGCUUGCGGAAGAAACGUUGGGAAAAUGA